AUUCAUACAUUCAUUGACUUGACUUCUUUGUGGCGGGUAAACGGUGCAGUCAGUCGGCUGAAAGUGUAGCCGAGGCAGUUGGAAGUCGACUUGCGCCUUGAGUGGAUAACAAGAAGCACGAUCUCCACUCUCAGUGUUCCACAUUAUCUGGACUAUAUCAGUUUCUGUCUCUCUUUCUCUGCAGCAGAAGAAGUUUUAUAUAUCUUCUGUGGAUUGUCUAAGGUGAAAAGACGACUUUUGAGUGCCAGAGAUUUUGUAUCUUUUCGCAAAAAUACAACACUAAAUAUCACUACAAGUUUCUCAUCUGUUCAUACGUGAAGUACAUUUUUUUUCGUCUUACUGGAGAUCGAAGCAAAGAGAGAGAGGGAGAGGAGAGGCAAGUGAGAUAAAAGAGAUCUUGUGAAUUGUGAAGUGAAGAAAUUCAAUUGUGUGACCUCAAAAGGCGGCAGACACAAAAAAAGUGAGCUGAAAAAUGUCAUAAAACAUUGGCUGAAAGUGGCUUGAAACAUUCGUAUCCGUGUAUCUUCGCAUCUCUCCAAGAAGAGCCCUUCGCAGUUCCAGACGCUCAGAGAUAAAAACCCUCUCGAGUGAGAUUCCCAUAAAUAUCCCCAGCAAAGAUGCUGCAGCAGAUUCUGCAAGACAUGCGCGUGGAGCCUGAGCUCCUGGAGGGUCUCAAUGAGACCGAGAAGCAGACGCUCUUCUGCAUCAUGAGGGAGGAGCAGGUGCGCCGGUGGCGCGCCUGGGACCAGGAAGAGUGCCGCAAGUCGUGCAGCGAAUCCGCCAGAAACAGUCACAAGAAGACUGUGACCUUCCUCAUGGGCGAGGACGGUGAUCCGUGGGUGUGGGUGAUGGGCGAGCAUCCCAACGACAAGACCAUCGAUGAGAUCCUGGCCGAGGAGGCGCAACUGCGUGCCCGGGAACUGGCUGAGCAGGAGACGCAAGAACUGAGGAAGAGCGUCGAGGUGAAGCUGUCGGAUAUCAUGGAAUUGGACCAGAUCAGUCACAAACUCGAGGAUGACGAGAUGCCCAAGAUUGAGGACAUGGAGAUCUACUGCUCGGUGGACGAACUGAGAGAGAGGAUCAACAACAGCCAGAACAACCCCGCCCCGCCCGCGAAGCCGCACAAGCCGUCAACAGCGAACUUCAACAUCAACAGCAAUGCUGGGGACAAGAAGAGGGAUGUGCUGCAGGAGAUCUCGCUGAACAGCAAGGCGACGCAGAAAGUGGCUGCGCGAGUGGCGCUCUGGGAGCAGCGCCUCAUCGGCGAGAGGACUUGUGAGAUCCUGCGCGGGAUGCAACAGAAGCAGCAGGACGCUGAGCGAGAGGCUGAAGAGGCGGCCAGGAAGGAAGAGGAGCUGUGGAAGGAGCAAGAGCGAAAGGCGAAGCAGGCGGAAAUCAAGAGGCGGGAAAUUGCGCGAAAGGCUCGCGAAGUGCAUCGAAUGUCUCUGAGCUGUGAUCAAAUUGAGGAAACUGAGGGUCAGAACAGCGAUGAUUCCACGCCAGACACGAAGCUGAACAACCUGGAGUCUCGUCCUGCCAAUCAUGAGGCCGUCUUGAAGUGGUAUCGCGACGAGGAGGUGCCCAAAGGAGCCGGAAUGGACGAUCACGAUCGACCGCUAACGUGGUUUCACGGCUUCCUCUCGAGAAGCGAGGCUGAGCACUUGCUGGCACCCCAGCCGGCGGGAUCCUUUCUAGUCCGGGUGUCCGAGAAGGUCUGGGGAUACGCCAUUUCCUAUCGGGACACAGAUCGCUGCAAGCACUACUUGGUGGACGCGUCCAACGGCCGUUAUCAGUUCCUGGGUGCCAAUCAGCUGGCCCACGACAGUCUCAACGACCUGAUCCGCUUCCACCAGAUGAUCCCCAUCACAGUGCUGGGCCAGGAGAGGCUGCGCCUGCCCUGUCCCGGCGACACGCACCUGGAGAACUGAAGUCAGAUGUGUUUCAAUGUGAUAGAUGUUGAUUCUUCAUUAUUAUGCGAAAUACUUGCUGAAGCGUCAUUUAAGUUUUGUAAUUACCUUACUUUUUUCAGAGUUAAAUCUUUGAAUUCCAUUUGAUAAAAGCAUGAACAAGGUUACUCAAUACAACAAUGCAUGAUAAACUUUUCAUUAGUCAAUGGAUUAAGUUACUCUUUAAAUCUUAGAGAAGAAAGAAACUUCAUUAUAUUCACUGAGUUAAUGUAUAGAUGACACGCUAAAUUAAUUUCCUACUUUAAGUCUUUAUAAUAUCAUUUUCUAAAAAUCUUCGUAGCCUGAAAGUCAAGAGAUGUUAUUUUUUUCGAAAGAAAUUUUGUAAAAAUUGUGAUUCCAAUAAUUGUGUUUUUAGAGAAGUCAUUUGUAUUUACACACAAAUUAAGGGACAAUCAUAAAAAGAUGUUUGCUGAAAAUUGGUGCUUAAGAGUCAAUAAAUGAUAAUUU